AUGAGUAUCCCUCAGAACACUACUAUCCUAGAUACAAUCGGCAACACGCCGCUCGUUCAACUCCACCAUAUCAAACCUGAUAAUGGCGCACGCAUCUUUCUGAAGAUAGAAAGUCGAAAUCCAACGGGCAGCAUGAAAGAUCGUAUGGCCCUGGCCAUGAUUGAAGGUGCAGAGGCCGAUGGCCGAUUGAAACCCGGUGGAGCUGUGGUCGAAUACACCGGCGGCAGCACUGGAGUAUCACUUUCGCUCAUCUGUUCUGUGAAAAAGCAUCCUCUCCAUCUCGUUUCUUCGGAUGCUUUCUCGAAAGAAAAGCUUGAUCACAUGCGACUUCUGGGCGCCACUCUGACGCUGAUUCCGAGUGACAACGGCAAGCAGACGGAGAAAUUGACCAGGGACAUGAUUCGUGAAGCUCACAAAAUCGCCGAUCAGACAGGAGCGUACAUCACGGCUCAAAUGGAGAACAAGGACCAGCUCCGCGCCUACGAAAAGCUUGCGGAGGAAAUCUGGACUCAGACAGAUGGACGGCUGGACGGGUUUGUGCAGAGCGUAGGAACGGCAGCUGCAAUUCGAGGGAUUUCCAAAACGCUCCGCGGAUACGACGGGCGAGUUCGGAUUGUUGCAGCGGAGCCCGCAGAGUCUGCCGUUCUCUCCGGAGGGCCCUCGGGAUCACACAAGAUCGAUGGUAUCGGAGCAGGCUAUGUGGUACCGCUCUGGGACGACAGCAUUGCGGACGACAUCGAGCGCGUGUCUACCGCCGAUGCAAAGGCAAUGGCGUUUCGUCUAGCCAGGGAAGAGGGAAUAUUCUGCGGAACGUCAACUGGAGCAAAUGUGGUUGCCGCCUUGCGACUUGCCCAGCGCCUGGGCAAAGAUGCCACAGUGGUGACCUUGAUGUGCGACACGGGAAUGAAGUACUUGAAGACGUUUUCGGAGGAACUGAUUUAG